CGCCCGGGAGCCUUGGACUGGGAGUGCGGGAGGAACAUAGGUAGGGAAGCUAUAAUUGGGCAAGGGCAGGUGACGCGCCUACUGUAUUUGCGCAAGCAGCUGGAGACCUCGGAACCGCCCGACGACCCUCUCUGGGCCUGGUUUAGCCUGCACGCUGAGAACCCCACCCUUAGAGUCACCUGUCGGAGCGCCACGCCCGCUUCGUCUUGCGCAUGCGUAUUGCCCGCCGCAGGGGGCGUGGAGUCACGUGUUGGGGCGCGAGCGGUCUUCGAGCGGGCUUCCUGUCCAGGCCGCUGCUGGGGCCGGGUGGCGGCGGGAUCCCUGGGCGGUUCCGGGCAGGAGAAGGCCCGGGUUGGAAACGGAUCCGCCGCGAGAUAGGUGUGUCUAGGCUGUCAAGAUGCCACGGCCAAGACCUCGGAAGGGCCCUCAGGCCAGUGGUCAGGGUGUGGCGGCUGCCAAGCAGCCCUGAGGACAUGCUGCUGGGGACGGAGGAGACUGAAGAUGACGGGGACCUGGAGGCCGAGCUGCUGGCCCUCACUGGGGAAGUAGGAACCACAGGCAGGAAGCCAGCACCCACGGGACAGGGCACCUUGCCUAUGGCCCACAUCGAGAAGCUGGCGGCAGACUGUAUGCGGGAUGAGGAGGAGGAGGAGGAGGAGGAGGAAGGGCUGGAGGAGGACGCAGACUUGCUGAGUGAACUGCAGGAAGUCCUGGGUACAGAUGAGAAAGCUGGGCCCCUGGAUGAUGCUGAGACAGCCAGCCUUGAUGGCCCAGAGGAGAAGGAACAGGAAAACAUUGAAUCUCCAGUGCAAACACCUCUCCUAACAGCUUCAGCCCCAGCAGCUCAGGCUGGAGGGCCUCAGGGGCUGCAGGCUCUGCUGGACGAUCGGAUCCAUAACUACCGGGAGGCUGCAGCCAGCGCCAAGGAGGCAGGUGAAGCCGCCAAAGCCAGGCGCUGUGAGCGUGGCCUGAAGACUCUAGAGGCCCAGCUGGCUGCUGUGAGGAGAGGCAGGAAGAUCAAUGAGGAUGAGAUCCCACCUCCAGUGGCCUUGGGCAGGAAGCCCCUGUCCCCCCAGGAAACCACCGACAGGAGCUCCGAGGCAGAUCCCCCAGCUCCUCCCACCAUGGAGCCAGACAUCCCUUCUCAGCCUGAGACAAGCCCUGGCAUUUCUGCCCCACCCAACUCAGACCCAGACCCACGGGCCCUGCUGUUGACCCGACAGAGAGAGUACAAGCUGGCUGCCCUGAACGCCAAGCGGGCUGGAGACCUAGACCGUGCCCGAGAGCUCAUGAGGACUGGGAAGAGAUUCGGUGCUGUCCUGGAGGCCCUGGAGAAGGGAGACCCUGUGGACCUGAGUGCCAUGCCCCCAGCACCUGAGGACCUGAAGCCCCUCCCACAGCCUUCCAAGGCCCUCACAGCACCCUCAGUCAUACCCCCAGCAGUGGAGCGAGUGCAGCCAGUGAUGGCCCCUGACACCCCUGCAGCCCCAGUGGCCCAUCCUGAGCCACAGACAGUGCUAGACGCCCUGCAUCAGAGGCUGAACAAGUACCGUGAGGCAGGCAUCCAGGCCCAGGGCAGUGGGGAUGAGCGCAAGGCCCGGAUGCACGAGCGCAUUGCCAAGCAAUAUCAAGAUGCCAUUCGAGCACACCGAACAGGACGGAAAGUUGAUUUUGCUGAGUUGCCUAUCCCUCCAGGAUUCCCCCCCAUCCCUGGCCUGGAGCCCACUGCGGGCACUGCGGAGGAUGCCAUGGCAGCUACUUUAGCAACUGCUCAGAAGCUGGCCGCCUCGGAGGAUACGACCCCAGCAGAAGACUGGGAUGAGGAGGAUGAGUCUGCAGUCCAGGCCCCAGUGGCCAAGAAGCCAGCACAACCUCUGGUCCCUUCAUCCCAGCCCCUACCUGAGCCCAAGGCCUCGAGUUCUAAGGAGUCACUGAAUCCCUCUGUGCGGGAGCAGCUGUCACUGCUAGAGGCACGGAAACGGCAGUACCAGCGGGCAGCCCUGCAGGCCAAGCGAGGCCAGGACCUGGAACAGGCCAAAGCUCAUCUGCGGCUGGCCAAAUGCCUUGAGGCUCAGAUCAUCCAGGUCCGAGCAGGCCGGCCUGUAGACCUCUCCAAGGUGCCUUCACCCUUGACGGAUGAAGAGGGCGACUUCAUCCUCAUUCACCAUGAGGACCUGCGACUCUCCCAGAAGGCUGAAGACGUGUAUGCUCAGCUACAAAAAAUGCUUCUGGAGCAACAUGAGAAGUGUCUGCUGUUCUCCAAGCAGUUCAUGCACCAGGGCAACGUGGCUGAGACUACGCGGUUUGAGAAGCUUGCUCAGGAACGCAAAAAGCAGCUUGAGAUCCUACAGCUGGCCCAGGCCCAGGGCCUCGACCCUCCUAGCCACCACUUUGAGUUGAAGACAUUCCAGACUGUGAGGGUCUUCUCAGAACUCAACAGCACAGAAAUGCAUCUGGUCAUUGUCCGGGGAAUGAACCUCCCAGCCCCUCCAGGAGUGACCCCUGAUGACUUGGAUGCUUUUGUGCGGUUUGAGUUCCACUACCCUAACUCGGACCAGGCUCAAAAGAGCAAAACAGCUGUGGUGAAGAACACAAACUCUCCAGAAUUUGAUCAACUCUUCAAACUAAACAUCAACCGAAACCACCGAGGCUUCAGGAGGGUGAUCCAAAGCAAAGGAAUCAAGUUUGAAAUCUUCCACAAAGGGUCCUUCUUUAGAAGUGACAAGCUGGUCGGCACAGCCCACCUGAAACUGGAGCGCCUGGAGAAUGAGAGUGAGAUCAGGGAGAUUUUGGAGGUCCUGGAAGGAAGGAAGCCCACUGGGGGCAAGCUGGAGGUGAAGGUGAGGCUGCGGGAGCCUCUGAGUGGCCAGGAUGUGCAGAUGGUCACCGAGAACUGGCUGGUCCUGGAGCCCAGGGGCCUGUGAGCAGAUGGUCAACAUUCAGAGGAGUCAGGCCAGCGACUGCAGAAGCACACUUUUCACAGCUUUGCUGGCUACAGAAGCCUUUGUACAUAAGGGAGAUGGAUGCUGCUAUACAAACACCAAAGACUUAAGUAUGUGCGUUACUGACCACAGCCCUGGUCUUUUCUGUUCCUGGCCCCUUCUUGGGCCUCCACACCAAAGCAGGCUGGAUUCCAGGAGGCUGCUUCCCCCGCCCUCUGGGCAAAGCCAAGCAUAGCCUCAUUGCUCUGUGCCAUGGAGUCUUGCAGCCCCUUAACCCCUGGGUAGCGACUGUGUACACCUUUACCCCAGCCCCCAGUUGCAACAUUUCUGGAUGUGCCUUUAAAAGAUAUAACUGUAAGGGAUGGGAGAACUUGAGAGAGAUGAGAACCCACCCUGCUUCGGGUAGGGGCAGGGUUCUGUGACUCGUUUGUCAACGGCAGCCUGUGCCACACAACUCAGUUUACCCAGCUUUGCCUGUGCCUGUGCCUUAGUUCCUGACAGCUGCUGCACUAGCCUCCCUGCUUCCCAAAGCUCUCAGCAGAGGAGGGAAACUUAUGUUCAGGACCAUGUGAUGAGAAGUAGACAAGGUUGGAUCUUGGGUUUGGUUCAUGCACCUGGUACUAAAAGACUAACUGGAGGGGAAAAUUUUAUGUAGCCAUUUUUAUUUAAGAAACUAGAUCUAAUUCAUUGUAGGGCUCAUGUACUCUACACACAGCAUGAGCAUCAAGUCCUAAACAAAAGUCCUGUCACUUUAAAAGCCAGAGUGGCAGUAACAUUGAAUUGACAGAAACUACUGCUAUGGUUUCCUCUUGACAGAGUACACAUCAGCUUAUCCUCUUCAGCUUAUCACCUAAGGAAAUCCCCUACUUCUUUACCAGGAAAUUCUCCUUUGACUUUUUCUGACUGAAUGGCAACGAUGGAAAGAUUUAUAGUUGCAAUAGAUUUAAUAUUCAAAACUGCAAUAUUCUACAUUUCUUAGAAAUAAACUAACACCUCAUUUCUUCC